AUGAAGACAAUCAAAUGGUCCACUCUAGUAAACCUUCUAUUGAUCCCAGCAGCGGUCAACGCAAAGCCAUUUGAUCACCGUGAACUCCUAGGCCGCGAUGUUGAAAUUGGUCAACUUCCUAUACCAUCCACUUACGACGCGCCUCGCUUCCGGUGGUGGUGGCCCGGGGGGUGGGUGGAACCUGAUGUUUUGAAGAGCGAAAUGCAGUCUAUCGCCGCGGCGGGAUUUGGUGGGGGGGAGAUCAGUGAUGUUCAGGAUAGCAUCAAGGUCUCGAUGGACCCACGAAUAUAUGGAUGGGCAAGAGAUCGGUGGAAUGCAGGGGUGCUCGCUGCCUAUAAGACAGCCGAAAGGCUGGGCGUUUAUGUGGACAUGACACUGGGUCCCCACUGGCCAACUGGAGUUCCGGGCUUUAGUCCAGACUCCCCAGAAACCUCCAAGGAAUUGGUCCAUGGAAAGCUGCUGCUUGCGGCUGGUCAUUCUUACUCGGGAUCUCUUCCUCUUCCUGUGGCCAAACCAUCUGGAGAGGAGACUGGCAACCCAUCGGUAAACGCAACCGCGAAGCUGGUUGCCAUUCUGGCUGCCAGAACCAGUGCAGCAUCAGCCAAUCAAACGGUCGUGGCGUUUGAACCGUCCUCAGUUUUGAAUUUGACGAAAUAUUAUCACAAAGAUCAACUGUGCUGGACGGCGCCGAAGGAUGGGACUUACAUCGUCGUUGCAGUGUACGGCAGAGGGACGGGACAGAUCCAGAAUAUGUACGACGGGAACCCCAAUGCCCCCAAGGUCACCUAUCCUUCCCCAGCCUACAUCGUCGACCAUUUCUCCACUGCGGGCGUAGACGCCUCUGUGAACUAUUGGAACAAUCAUAUCCUGAAUGACGAGUUGCGCCAAAUCAUGAAGAGCCAAGGAGGGUCCAUUUUUGAGGACUCGCUCGAGCUCAAGUACAAGCAAUAUUGGACAUUGAACUUCAUGGAGGAGUUCCAAAAGCGACGAGGUUACGAUUUAACCCCGUACCUCCUCUACGUCCUAAAAGAUAGCACCACUUUUAUCGGCAAUGACGAAGUUGCCAGGGGAGUCGGGUAUGAUUUUUACUCCACAAUCACAGAUCUAUACAUUGACUACCGCGUUCAAGGGUUGAAAAAGUUUGCCAAUGGACUCGGGCUAAAACUUCGCCUGCAGCCCUACACAGCGACACUCAACUCUUCACGGGCAGCCGCAGCGGUUGAUAUUCCCGAGGGCGAGUCCCUCGGCUUUGAGGGUGACAAAGAUGCUUUCAGGGUUUUGGCUACCGGUCGAGAUGUGGCCGGUCGUACGAAGAUCCUUUCCAACGAACUCGGCGCCUACAUGGGCAAGGCAUAUGGAGUCACUUGGAACUUCCUUCUUGGGACUGCAAAUCUGGAUUACUCUCUCGGUGUCAGUCACGCAGUCAUCCAUGGCUUUCCAUACCGUGACUCGCCCUCAAGUGCAUGGCCUGGGUUCGCACCUUUCACGCCGCUCGGCUCGUCGAGUAAUGGGUUUGCAGAUGCGUGGGGCCCGCGGCAGCCUCAAUGGCUUUUCGCGUCGAAUGCGAGUAUCUACAUGGCCCGCGCCCACAACAUCCUGCAAACAGGCUCGCCAUCGGUAGAUGUGGCUAUUUUAAAUACCGAUUGGGGAGUCACGGCAACGUGGAAAGAUACUGGAUUGAACGAUGCGGGAUAUUCCUACCAGUUUCCUACUGCAGAACUACUCAGAGAAUACUCCGCCACCGUCAAGAACAAGCAUCUUCUCCCUGACGGUCCUCGAUACAAAGCAAUUCUGGUUGAUAACACGACUUACUUGGACCCCGAUACCGCGAGGCAAAUCCGCUCGUUCGCCGAGUCAGGUCUACCGGUGGUGAUUGUUGGAGACGCCCCGUCUCAACCACAGUCCUUCUGCACCGACUGUUUCAGGGCCAAAGAUCAAAUAAAGGAGAUCUUCAAGUCAGUCUUGUCACUACAGACAACGAAACAAGUCUCCUCCCAAGCCGAUGCUCCUGCAGCUCUCAGGUCCCUUGGCAUCAAUCCAUCUGUCCGGUACUCUACGUCAUCUAACGUGUCCUUAAUCACUACCAAACGUCGCGUCAGCGAUUCCGAGUCCAUCUACUUUGUUUACAGCUCUGUCGCGCUUACCGAAACAGUUUCUUUAGAGGGGGAGGGUUAUCCGCUCAUGCUCAACCUCUGGACUGGGGACGUUACGCCCCUCGCUGCAUUCGACACAGCUGAUGGGUACACCAGAGUCAACCUGUCCCUGGGCGAGAAUGCGGCGCAAGCGCUUUACCUCGGCAAAAAGAAUCCAUAUGGCCUUCGUAACCUCAGCAGAUAUGUCACUGCGACUGAUGCCAGUGUUUUCGCCCAAUCGGAGAAUAUAUAUCUGCAAACCAGCAAGAAUGGAACUCACAGUGCAAAACUUUCAGACGGAAGGUCCGUCAAUGUUGCGUUCGGCAACGUGCCAUCUCCAAUUGCACUCAAGUCUUGGGUAUUAUCCGUCGAGGACUGGUCCCCUUUGAUCGUGAAUGAAACUGGGCUCAAGUCAUCCCUGACUUCCAAGGUUACUUUACCGAGUAUCAGUCUGAAUAGUCUCGAGUCGUGGACUAAUAUUUCUGGAUUGGAGAGUGCAAGUGGCAUUGGUACUUAUAGGACGACCGUGAACCUAUCCCUGGGUUUGUCGAGUAACAGCUCUGGAGAGGGUCUUGCGGUCUUCAUCAACUUCGGUGAUGUCGGGGGGAGUUGGGGCUUGAAAAUCAACAAUGUCCCGGUAAAUGGAGUUGACUUCCUAAGCUCGGCGCCCCUUGAGAUUACUCCUUAUGUGAAAAAUGGGCCCAAUGAUCUCGAGAUCACAGUUGCUACUACGUUGUGGAAUAAACUACGGAAGACGUGGCCCGCCAUUUACGGGUCUCUCGAGGUACAGAAAGUCGGCCUUCUCGGACCUGUUACUCUGACGUACUAUGCUCAGAAGCAAAUUUGA